AUUUUAGAUAACAAUUUUUUAAACGAUCAAUUGUUAAAGAACAAUGUGUUUGCCAAGUAUAAGAGUCAUAUAAAGAAAUUUAUGAGGAUGCAAUAAAGAAAGGAUGCAUUGAAUUGAAAAAAAAUUCGAUUAUCUACAAAAUAAGUUAAAGUGUCUGAUUAUACGAAUUCAACGUAAUUGGCAUUUAUUGAUCGAUGAGAAGGAACUCGAAAUCAUGGAAAAAUAUACGCAACAGGGAAAAAAGUUUACUUUCGUGUGUCUGAUGCUAUCCUGUGCUACGAUUAUCAUACUUUUGGUUUGGACAAGUUUUUUGUUCAUUUACGAUAUCGUCGUACCAUUGAACGGAACCCAUCGAUUACAGAGUCCAUUUGUGGCGGAAUAUUUCAUAGAUGAGGACAUUUAUUUUUAUCCUAUUUUAUUGCACAUGUAUACUAUUUUUCUCGUUGGAUUGAUGGUUGUUAUUGCGACUGAAACAUUUUAUACUAUUUGUAUGCAACAUGCCUGUGGUCUUUUUCAGAUCGUUGGGUAUCGUUUCGAGCGAAUUUUUAACCAAAGCACUUCAAGUUCUAUCACAUUACAAGAAAUGAAUUUAAAAUUUGACGAUUGGGUCUCCCGUGCUAUUCAAUCGCAUCAAACUGCUAUCGCGUUCGUAGAUCAUAUGAAUUCCUGUUUCACAAUGUCUUACUUCUGGUUAUUAAUUUUGGCUGUUCUAUCUUUAACUAUGAAUUGCACCGACAUUUUACAAGCUGUGAAUCCGAAUAAAAAUUAUAACCUCGUUAAUUCUUCUGUUCGUAUAAUUAAUGCUUUUGUUCGUAUCGUUAAUAUUGUAUGUUAUUUGUUCGGUGUAUUUUAUUGUGGACAGAGAAUUAUUGAUCAUAGUACUGGUAUUUCAGAGAAAGUAUAUGCUAUUCCUUGGUUUUUGGAAUCUUCUAAAAUACAAACCACUAUAAUAAUAGUCUUGCAAAGAAGCUUUAAAGAAUCCGUUUUGCUUGCUGGUGGUUUAUAUCCUAUGUCGUUCGAAUUAUUAGAAGUGAUAUUAAGGACAACUUCUUGUUACAUUACAACACUUCACGCGUUGCAAAAUUAAUUUAAAUAAUUUCAAUGUAGUAUAGACAAAAGUCAAAUUGUUUUAUAUAUAUAUCUUAUAUAUCAGUGUUUCUCAACCGAUGGUUCGCAGAUAAAUUUUAAAGGCCCGCGAAAAGCUUAUAAAUUUGUUAUAUUUUGUUUACAAUCUUUUAA